AUGAAUGGAAAAUUCAAUCUUCUUCUUCUUUACAAGAGAGCCAUAAUUGGAACAUUCUCUGCAUCCGAAGUAAAGGAAUUUAAAGAACAAUUCAACAAGUUUGAUGAAAAUGGCGAUGGAUCCAUUAGUGCAGUAGAAUUGACAAAGAUUCUCAAUGCACUUGGUGAAAAGGUUACUGGUCUUCAAGUAAGAGACAUGAUCAAAGAAGUUGAUACUGACAAUAGUGGUUCAAUCGAGUUUGAAGAAUUCAUCAAGGUUAUGGAAAUCUCAAAGAAAUCAACUGCUGCUAGUUCACCAUCAUUUGCUAAUGUUGUAAAAAAAGUAGGACAAGUCAAUACAAUUGGAGGUUAUUCAGGUAGUACAUCAUCUGGAACUACUCACUCUUAUUCAGAUGAUGAAACUCAUGCAUUUAUCGAUUGGAUUAAUAAUUGUCUUGGAAAGGAUGCAGACUUGAAGGAUAGACUUCCCAUUCCAGAAGAUGGAGAAGCAUUCUUUAAGGCAUGUUAUGAUGGUUUGUUGUUGUGCAAACUUAUCAAUGACUCUGUUCCAGAGACUAUUGAUGAACGUGUAUUAAACAAAAAGAAUCUCAAUACUUUCCGUGUCAAUGAAAACCAAGUACUCUGUGUUAACUCUGCCAAGGCUAUUGGAUGUUCUACCGUCAACAUCGGUGCGGCCGAUCUCAUGGAGGGAAGAGCUCAUUUGAUUAUGGGUCUCGUCUGGCAAAUCAUCAAGAUUGGUCUCUUUGCCAAGAUCAAUCUUACCAAUCACCCAGAACUCUACCGUCUCUUGCAAGAUGGAGAGACCAUUGAAGAUCUCCUCAGAUUGCCAGUUGAAGAAAUCUUGUUGCGUUGGUUCAAUUAUCAUCUCGCUGCCGCCGGUCAUCCACGUCGUGUCAAGAACUUUACCGGUGACAUUAAAGACUCUGAAAACUAUACCGUCUUGUUGAAGCAAAUCGCACCCAAGGAUGCUGGUGUUGAUACUCGUGCUCUCCAAGAAAACAACCUCGAGAAGCGUGCUGGUCUAGUCCUCGAAAAUGCCGACAAGCUUGGCUGUCGCAAGUUCCUCAAGGCUCGUGACAUUGUCAAUGGUCAUCCCAAGUUGAAUUUAGCUUUUGUUGCAAACCUCUUCAACACUCAUCCAGCUCUCGAGCCAGUCAAGGAUGUAGUCAUUAUCGAAGAGACACGUGAAGAAAAGGCAUUCCGUAACUGGAUGAACUCUCUUGGUGUCGACCCAUUUGUCAACAACCUCUACGAAGGUCUCUAUGAUGGUUUGGUUUUGAUCCAACUCUUUGACAAGAUCUUCCCAGGAUUGGUCGAUCACAAAAAAGUCAACUACCCACCAUUCAAGGCUAUGGGUGCCGAGAUGAAGAAACUCGAAAACUGCAACUAUGCCAUCCAACUCGGCAAGGCUACCAAGUUUUCUUUGGUUGGUAUUGAUGGCAAGAAUGUUUACGAUCGUAACAAGAACCCAAUCUUGUCGAUUGUCUUCCAAUUGAUGAGAGCUCAUAUCAUCUCGAUCAUCAACCAACUCAGCGGAACUGGUAAACCCAUCAAUGAUACUGAUAUCAUUGAUUGGGCCAACACCACACUCAAAAACAAUGGCAAGAAAGGUUUCAACAACUUUAAGGAUGAAGCACUCACCAAUGCCAUCCCAAUCCUCGACCUCAUUGAAGCUAUUCGUCCAAAUUCAGUCGAUCAAUCGCUCGUCGCUCACUCUGGUUCAGCUGCUGACAACCUCCUCAAUGCCAAGCUCGCCGUCUCCACUGCUCGUAAGGUUGGUGCCGUCAUCUUUGCCCUUCCAGAAGAUAUCGUUGAACUUAAAACAAAGAUGAUCAUGACUAUCUUUGCUUCUUUAAUGGCUGUUUCUCUUUCAAAUUAA